UAAAAACAGAAGCCGGAGGCGCCCCAGCUCACGUAAAAGCCGCUCCUUUUUGUUGCUUAAGCCGAAAGUUCUUCGGUUCCAGAUUCGGGGCUCGUGCCAAGGGGAUGCUCCCCGUUCCGUGCCUCUUGGCCCACCCCUGCAUCGGACGACCCCAUUGUGGCGAGGCCGUGAGGAGGAGCAAAAUGGCGGCCGCGAGGAGUUUUUGCCGGGCCGGAGAGUGGCUGUUCGGGGAGGGUGCCCGGCGAGAGAGAAGAGUCUGCGUUCGGGAAGGAGAAGGCUACCCACCAAAAGCAACUCAGUUAGUGAGCGUUGAGGGGGUAGAAAGGGGAAGAGCAGCCAUAUUGUAGGGUUGCCAGCUCCAGGGUAGGAAAUAACUGGAGAUUUUGGGGGUGGAGCCUGAAGAGGGCGGGCUUGGGGGGGGGGGCUUCAAUAAGGUAGAAAGCCAAGGAAUCCGUCGUCCAAAGUGGUCAUUUUCUCCAAAGGAAAGGAUCUCUCUUGCCUGGACUUGAGUUCUAAUUGUGAGAGAUCUCCAGCCACCACCUGGAGGUUGGCAAUCGUAAUAUAGGGGGAGGAAGCACUUUGUGGAGACCCUUUUCUGGUUGUGGAGAGGACAGGGACAGCAUUAAUUUAUUUGGAGAGAGGUAUAGGAGUUAAAUAGGGAGGGGGCUUGUAUGGGGGAUAACCUCAGUUACAUUUGGGUGUGGUUAGUUUCUGGGGGGGGGGGGGGGGGAAGAGCAGCCCAGUAAGGCUGGGGAGAUUUUGCCUGCCAAGGGGGAGGGUCCUAAUAGAAUUGCCAACAGAAGCCACCUGGAGAUCUCCCAUUACUGAAAUUGACCAAUAUCAGUUCCUCUGCAGAAAACGACCACUUUAGAACAUUAUACCCUGCUGAGGACCCUCCUCAGUCCACAACCCCCCCUCCCCAGACUCUGCCCCCCCCCCCAAUUUCCAGGUGUUUCCUCACCCAGACCUGGCAACCCUGCGAUCUGAACAGGGUGGGAGAAGUAAGAGGGAAGGAGCAGGAAGAGGGAAGCUACUUUUGAUUCUGGGUGAAUUUGGCCGAAUCUGGGUUGCCAGGUGCCCCCAGCCACCUGGGGGUCCAGUUGCAAGGCCCAGGUUGGGAAACACCUGCAGAUGUGGGGAAGGCAGAGAUCUCACUGGGGGUCAAUGCCAUAGAGUUAGACCCCGCAUUCCAAAACAUCCAUUUUCUCCAGCGGAACUGAUCCCUGUAGUCUGGAGAGGAGCUGUAAUCCCCGGGGGUCCCCUGAUCUCGCCUGGAGACUGGCACUCCCAGACCGAACUCUAGGAAUUCUGUUGCAUGCAGCAAAACAGCCCUGGGGCUCAAUGCUGGUGCUUAAAAUCUGAGUGGGGGAAAACCCCUUUUCUUCACAGUAGAGCCUUUAUAAGGAAAGCAUCCUCAGUUCAAGAAAACAAGUGAAUUAUAUCCUUAACGUCCUGUGGAUUCUCUGGACCUGGGUGCGAGAAGGAGCAGCUGUUGUUUUGAGAUGGAUCAGAGCUAGCCGUUGAAUCAGAGUCUCAUAUGGUCUCUGGGCUGAUGUGUCCUGGUGAAGAUGAAAUGCUUGCUGCGGCAGUCGUCACUGUUGGGUCUUUUCACAUCAUGCGCACCUCGGAGAUGGUCUUCAGGUUCCUCUACCAGUCACCUGCUGCAGGAGGGGGAUACCGGCACAGCCUCGGCCCAGCAGCGCACGAACCCCCUAGGGAUCCAGAUGCUCUCCAAGGGCCUCCAUGAACAGAUUUUCCGAGGUGCUCAGGUGCGUUACUCGGAGGAAGACGUCCAAAAAAGCGUGGAACACCUGCAGAGGCAUGACCUGUGGGGAAAAGAGACCUCCAUCAUUCCAGAUGUGGAGCUGCAGCUGCCCCGGAUGUACGGGGCCAACAUUGACGAACACUUCCGCGUUUUGGCGCAGAAACAGAGCUUGCCGUAUUUGGAGGCCGCUAAGGAACUUCUGCAGAGCAGCAUCCUCCCGAUGCCUCAGGAGUGGGCUUGGGCAGGCGGAUGGACACGUUACGGACCCAGUGGGGAGACAAAAACGGUGGACUUCCCUGACGAGCGAGCCCUGGUGUUUGACGUGGAGGUGUGCAUGGAAGAAGGGCAUUGCCCCACACUCGCCGUGGCUGUUUCCCCAAGUGCCUGGCAGGGCUCUCGCACCCGUUUCCUGGACACCAUGAGCAUGCACAUGGCGAUCUCGGGCUUGUCAGGAUUCCAACGCAGCCUCUGGAUGGCGGCUAAACACGGCAAGAGGAAAGGGCAGCAGCAGGUUCAAGAGCACAUCAAGAAGAUGCGCAGCAAAACCGACGGCCCCGGGAUUGCAUCCUGGGACUGGGUGAACCUUAGCAGCAUCAACAACCUCAUCGAUGUGCAUGCCCUCUAUGUAGGGGGCCAGCCAUUGGAGAAAGAGGCCCGGGAACUCUUCGUGAAGGGAAGCAUGCAGGACAUCAGGAACAAUUUUCAGGAGCUGAUGAGAUAUUGUGCUCUUGAUGUUCAAGCUACGCAUGAAAUAUUCCAGGAGCAGCUCCCGCUCUUCAUGAAAAGGUGUCCCCAUCCGGUGACGUUUGCAGGGAUGCUGGAAAUGGGCAUCUGUUACCUCCCCGUCAAUCAGAAUUGGGAGAGGUAUGUGGACGAGGCGCAAGUCACAUAUGAGGAGCUGCAGAAGGAGAUGAAGAAGUCCUUGAUGAAUCUGGCGGACGAUGCGUGCCAGCUGCUUCACGAGGAGAGGUACAAGGAUGAUCCUUGGUUAUGGGAUCUGGAGUGGGACCUCCAAGAAUUUAAGCAAAAGAAGAAGAAACCCGGGAAGAAGAAGGAUCAAGAUGACGAUGGAGAACCUCGCAAAUCAGUGGAAAAGGGUUCCGUCCUGGAGUGGCAGGAAGAUCCCGGCCCCCCUACUGAAGAGGAGGAACAGAAUUUCCCGGACAGCCGGCGGCACUUGGACAGCCUGAAAGAGACCGUUGCUUUGCAGCCAAAGAGGGUUCAGCAUCUGCCCGGCCAUCCAGGCUGGUACCGUAAACUGUGUCCUCGGCUGGAUGACCCCAGUUGGGUGCCCGGACCAAGUCUGAUCAGCCUGCAGAUGAGGGUGACUCCGAAGCUCAUGAGACUCACCUGGGACGGCUUUCCACUGCACUACGCUGAGAAAUAUGGCUGGGGCUACCUGGUGCCUGGAAGAAAGGAGAGACCAGCGGAAGACAACCUGGCCACCCAGACACCUUCAUGCCCAUUCAAGGUAAUUGAGGAUCUGUACCGAGAACACUGCAAAGAGAAGGGCAAAGAGCAGCCUGUCUUACUGGAAGCCGCUCUGGAAGAAGAUCUUAUAUUAACAGAAAACAGCUCUUUCUGGCAAAAGGUUGAAGAGCUCAGUCACCACGAUAUGGAUGCAGAUGCCGAUCCUGCUGUCAAACCCUUGAGACAGGACGAGGAGGGGUCUGCACAGAGCCAUCCUGAAUAUCACCACGGCAACGGUCCUUACAAUGACGUCAGUAUCCCAGGCUGUUGGUUUUUCAGGCUGCCUCACAAGGACGGGAACGAAAACAACGUUGGAAGUCCAUUUGCCAAGGAUUUCUUGCCCAAGAUGGAGGACGGAACCCUGCAAGCUGGCACCGGGGGCUCGAACGGGACACAAGCUCUUGAAAUCAACAAGAAAGUCUCCUUCUGGAGGAAUGCGCACAAGCGAAUAAGUUCCCAGAUGGUGGUGUGGCUGAAGAAAGGGGAAUUGCCUCGAUCUGUGACCAGGGAUCCAGACUACAACGAGGAGAGCAGCUACGGGGCCAUUCUGCCGCAGGUGGUGACAGCUGGGACCAUAACCCGCCGGGCUGUGGAGCCCACCUGGUUGACAGCCAGCAACGCCCGGGCAGACCGAGUUGGCAGUGAGCUUAAGGCCAUGGUCCAGGCCCCCCCUGGCUACCACCUGGUUGGAUCUGACGUGGAUUCCCAGGAGCUUUGGAUAGCAGCCGUCUUGGGAGAAGCUCAGUUUGCUGGCAUACAUGGCUGCACCGCGUUUGGUUGGAUGACCCUCCAGGGGAAGAAGAGCAGCGGCACAGACCUGCAUAGCAAGACCGCCUCCAUGGUCGACAUCAGCCGAGAACAUGCCAAAGUGUUCAACUAUGGACGCAUAUAUGGGGCGGGCCAGCCGUUCGCUGAGCGCCUCCUCAUGCAGUUCAACCAUCGCCUGACGCAGCAGCAGGCCAGCGAGAAAGCACGCCAGAUGUACGCUGUCACAAAGGGGAUCCGGCGCUGCCUCCUGUCUGAGGAAGGAGAGUGGCUGGUGAAAGAGCUGGGUAUCCGCGUGGAAAGGGACACAGACGGCUCAGUAUCCUCGCAAGAUGUACGGCGGAUACACAGAGAAGCCGGGAAAAGGUCUCGGAGGAGGAAAUGGGACGUGGUGCGCCAGCGAGUGUGGACCGGUGGGACAGAAUCCGAGAUGUUCAACAAACUGGAAAGCAUUGCCAAUUCAAAAUCGCCUUCCACCCCCGUGCUGGGUUGCCACAUAAGCAGAGCACUGGAGCCGGCUGUUGUGAAGGGUGAGUUCAUAACCAGCAGGGUGAACUGGGUGGUGCAGAGCUCUGCGGUGGAUUACCUGCACCUGAUGCUGGUGGCCAUGAAAUGGCUCUGCGAGGAAUUUGGCAUCAACGGGCGCUUCUGCAUCAGCAUCCAUGAUGAAGUGCGCUACCUGGUCCAGAGCGAGGACCGCUAUCGGGCUGCCCUCGCCCUUCAAAUCACAAAUCUCCUCACACGGUGCAUGUUUGCCUAUAAGUUGGGUCUGCAAGAUUUGCCUCAGUCAGUGGCCUUUUUCAGCGCUGUAGAUAUUGAUCGGUGCUUAAGGAAAGAAGUGACCAUGGACUGCGUCACCCCUUCCAACCCGACUGGGAUGGAGCGGAGAUACGGCAUACCCCCCGGCGAUGCUCUGGAUAUCUAUCAACUUCUCGCAAUAACCAAAGGCUCACUGGAGAAAGGAAAAUAGGCUUUGAAACUGCAAAGACCUCAAACUUGGGAAUCUUCGCGGAAGGCAGCUUCUCGACAAACGGCUCCUCCUGAACAGCCUGGCCUUGAUUAUGAAGGGAGCGUGACAGACCCAGCAAGGAUUGAUGGCGACAGAAUGGACCUCUGGCGAUAAGCUGCCCCCCCCGGAUACGCACGGGCCGCCCUUCAGCAGGCUCCUGGGAGAUUUGCAUUCGGGGACUUGAGUGUGACGAGCAGGUUCCUUCCAACAGACCAUGACAGAAUAGCAGGAGUUAAAGAGAGACGUUCUUUGUCCACGAAGCCCAGUUGGCAUAAAUAGGUCAGCGCUUAUUUCUUUCGUCUUCUCUUCUUUUGGGGCUCCUGGCUGUCCUGAGGCUGGGCUGAUGCACUGCUCUAAAAGACACAGGGACAAAGGCAACAUGGUAAAGUCACGAAGUGGCCAGACACUUCUCAUCUACUCCCCCAAUCUCCCCCCCCCCCCAGUUUUGUAGGGCAGUUUCUCUAGGGGGGUGGGGUGGGGCUGAAUUUCAGAGUUCCAGGUUCAAAGGAGUGCUCUUAAAACGCGAGGGAGCUUUGAAACCCGAUCUCAAAAGGAAACUGCCCUGUGAAGUUGGGGGGCAGAGCGAGCUUUCGUCAUACCCUCCUGCUGCGGAGCUGAAUCUGUAAAUUUGUGUUAACAUUCAGGUGUCCAACUCUGGUGCUUCAGAUGUUCAUGGACUACAAUUCCCAUCAGCCCCUGUUGGCAUGGCCAGCAGGGGCUGAUGGGAAUGGUAGUCCAUGAACAUCUGAAGCGCCAGAGUUGGACACCUCUGUGUAUCUCCCCUGACCGGCCCCCAGGCACUUUUUCAACUCCGCAACUUUGAAAUUCAGAUGCACAGAGCAAUUUCCUGUUGAGCAGCAAGCCUUAUUUCAUUCUCCUUCGGGACUGAAGGAGUGGGGUCGAGAACAGUGCUACCUUUUCUCCUAUUAUCCCCUACGCCCUAUGAUAAUCCCCCUGUAGGACCAUCUUGGUAUGCCCGACAGGAGAACUGCCCACUCUGCCUAAAGGCCAUGUUCCUCUUCUGCUCCUCAACCCAAUAUCCCGGGGCAGAAUUUCAAAAAUGUAGCACUUGCUAUACCUGAAGUACAGAGACAUCAAGGGAGCUCCUUAGAUCCUGACGCUCUAAAAUUCAUGCCUGCAAGCAGGGAGCAGCUACAAGACAUGUUUCUAGGUCCACUUGCUCAUCCGAAACAGCACAACUUGUGGCCUCUGCUGCAGUUGCCCUACCCUUGUCAGGAGCAAUCCAAAGCACGCUGCAACUUGUCACCUGUAGCAGGUAACCCUGCUGUGAGGAGGAAGCCUAUCCCACCUCCUGCCUGGUUGUUUCAGAGAAUGGCCCCAGAGGAUGAACUCAGCAGUGUGCAACAAGAGCUCAUCUACAUUUCUUGCCUGAAUGGUCACAGGCUCUUCUUGAAGCUGUCCUGCCAGUCCAAUGGGGCUGGGAUGGUGCCCCCAUACAUACCACGGAAUGACUGCAAUUUAUACAAGAGGAGCAGUUGGGGAAUGCUUUGGUGUUAUGAAAACCGUGCAUUGAAAUGACACUUUUAUACUCAUUUUGCUAUUGUGUUAAAGCAUUUGUUUUCUUCGUUGUUUGGGGGGGCCAACUAAAUAAAAAUAAAUAAACUAAAUAAAA